AUGGAGACACCACCACCACCUCGCCAGCCAGAAGAGCUACGCCGAAAGAUCUCAACCAGCUCUCUUCUCAGGAUCCCAACCACCGAAGAAGAAGCACCCAUCUCAGUCCACUUCAGCACUGAUGACGGCUCAAAGCCCUGCGUCACAACUCCUCCGCCUCAGGCUCGCGACGGCUCUCACUCCCCAACACCAUCUUGUGCUCCGCCUUCUCCUCGAGAUGAGCUCCCUAAGGACUUUGUUGCCCUCGACGGUCUGUUGAACUAUCAUCUGAGCCAGCUGGACCGCAUCAAGAAGGAGAUCAGAGAACACAAUACCACUCUUGACCAGCUCGCUUAUACACUAGCCAACAUGUCUGCACCUGAGGUGCAGUGUGCUGCCAUGUACAUGAACUGGCGUCUUCAGGGGGUUAGAAACGCGAGGAACCUUCUGGCCAAAUUUGUUGCCUUUCACCUGCAAGAGAUUGACCGCAUCUCUGCUCUGAAGCUGGAAAUGGGUGGAAAUGAUGUCCUUGAAGUCUGCCGAAACCUCCCAUCCUCGCGUGAAUGGAAUGACAUGUUCUCUUGUUAA